UCUGAAAGCCGUGGCGGGAGCUGGUCCGCGUCCUCCCGGUUUCCCCGGGAGCUGCGCCUCGUCUGCCCGGUGACCUGGCUGGGGGAGGCUCCCCGGCGUCCGGACCCCGCCGCGAAGGGGUGCGCGCCCCCCGCCGCGGACCAUGCCCCUCGUUAGCCAGCGGGUCCCGGACGAGAGCGGCUACAGCCUGGUGGCCAGCCUGGACAACGUGCGGAACCUGUCCACCGUGCUCAAGGCCAUCCACUUCCGGGAGCACGCCACCUGCUUCGCCACCAAGAACGGGAUCAAGGUGACGGUGGAGAAUGCCAAGUGUGUGCAAGCGAAUGCUUUUAUCCAGGCUGGAAUAUUUCAAGAGUUUAAAGUUCAGGAAGAGCCUGUUACUUUCCGAAUUAAUUUAACUGUCCUUUUAGACUGCUUAUCUAUUUUUGGAUCAAGUCCUAUGCCAGGGAACUUAACUGCACUUCGGAUGUGUUACCAAGGUUAUGGUUGCCCCUUGAUGCUGUUUCUGGAAGAAGGAGGUGUGGUGACAGUCUGUAAAAUCAAUACCCAGGAGCCUGAGGAAACGCUGGAUUUUGAUUUCUGCAGCACCAAUGUGAUUAAUAAGAUUAUUCUGCAGUCAGAGGGGCUCCGUGAAGCAUUUUCCGAAUUGGAUAUGACGAGUGAGGUCCUACAGAUCACCAUGUCUCCUGACAAGCCUUACUUCAGGUUGUCUACUUUUGGGAAUGCAGGAAGCUCCCACCUCGAUUAUCCCAAAGAUUCUGAUCUGAUGGAGUCCUUUAAUUGUAACGAAACCCAAGUUAACAGAUACAAGAUUUCUUUACUGAAGCCGUCUACAAAGGCAUUGGUCCUGUCGUGCAAGGUGUCUAUUCGGACAGAUAACCGAGGAUUCCUCUCCUUACAGUAUAUGAUUCGGAAUGAAGAUGGACAGAUAUGUUUUGUGGAGUAUUACUGCUGCCCUGAUGAAGAAGUUCCUGAUUCAGAAGCUUAAGUAUGACAAUGCACUGACAUUUUAUGUCUGCAUUCAUGAUAGGUCUCGUUCUCAUUCUUAAUGAUUUCGUGCUGGAUUUCCCAAUGGAAGAGGCACGGAGGAGACCGGAGCAAGCUCCCUGUGUAAGUGGAUGUUUUCAUGUAGUCCCAGAUAACCCAGUACUGCGGUCCUGCUUUUUUUGAACUCAGGAAUUAUUAUGAGCCAAGAUGAAUAAAUUAUAUAUUCUAUUUAAGUAGGACAUUUCAAAAGGCUGAAAAUUUAAGGUUUGAUGGAGCCAUAUGUGAAAUGUUCUUUUAUUUAUUAGAAAUCUUUUUUUACUAUUAGAAAAGUAAAGGCAUAUGGGUAUUGCUUGUUAGUUGGAGUUCUGGAGAAAAUAUCUUAAAGCAGCAGUUCUUAAAGGGCUGUGCCCAGACCAGCACCAUCAGCAUCACCUGGAAACUUGUCAGAAACUCUGCGUGGGCCAGCAAAGCUCAGAAACUCUGCGUGGGCCAGCAAAGCAGCCCCCUGACUCCGGAAUUCUGAUGUAUGCCGAGUUUGAGAGCCACUGUGUGAAAGGAUACUUUAAAAAAAAAAAAAAAAGGCAUUUGAUUGCAUCCAAGUGUCUGUUUUUCUAUGUGAUUUCUUCACAAACUUUCUGAAACUUAGGCAUCACUAAACAAGUCUGAAUAUAUGAUUUAUUUUUAAAGUAUUCAUUUUGAAGAAAUGAAAAAGAUAUGGCUUCAGAGUUAUAGAUUUUCUUGUUCUCCAAACUGUCCACUGUAGUGAGUCCUGCAGUAAGUACUUAUUAAUUCCUUCUGUUUCCCUAUAAGAGUUUCUUAACUAAACCAAGGUGGAGAAAGCCAUUGAGAGAUUUUGUAUUUCUUGGGUAAUUCACAAUGAAAUAAUUUGUGAAUGUAGAUAUUUAAUAAAGUAGCAUACUAAAA